GCAAAAAAAUGUUGAAAAAAAACUAUUUUAUAAGAUAUAAAGGAUCAAAACUUCACUAUAUUAUAAAAAAAAAAUGUAAAUAUGAAGUUCAUUCGUCACAAGUUCAAGAGGGUAUUAGAAAAAUUUGUUACAAGUUACUACCCUUAGAAGUAAUUGGAAAUCAAAAGAAUAAUAAAAAAAUUUUGAAAGCUUGGAAACAUUUUGUAAAAACUUCUCAAACUGAACCUUUUAAUUUAUUAAAUUUAGUAAAUAGUUUAAAUCUUAACUCAAUAACAUGGAUACAAUCAAUUGACAAUACAAGCCAUAAAUUUAUUUUAAUAGGCAAGUUUAUUAAGUGGCUGUUUCAAUUUCUCAUAGCUAUAGUUGAAAAAGUAUUUCAUGUCACUCAUAUUCAAGGAGAAAAGGUUUUCAUUUUUAUUGAAGAUUGGGAAAAACAAAAAAGUGAUUAUAUUAAAUCAAUGUGUCAAAAACCUGUACUACAAUGGAUUAGUCCUAUAACUAAAUAUACUGAGGUUCAAAGUAGAUUAAACUUUAUUCCAAAGCGAGAUAAUCUCAGGCCUAUUACAACACAUAGAUUUACAGAUCAUGAAAAGCAUAUAUUGAAAUUACUUAAUACUCUGUUAAAAUAUUUAUACCAAAUAAAUUACCAAAAAGAAAGUAAGUCAUUCAACGAAUAUUUCACUGUUACUUUCAAAAAUUAUAAGUGUGAAAACAAUGAUAUUUUUAUUGUAUCUUGUGAUAUUUGUGAUGCUUAUGGUUCAAUACUGCAAGGGAAAUUAUUUGAUAUGGUACAAAUAAUGUUUCAAACAUUAGCUACAAACAUAACAUUCAAGUAUGAAAUAGUACGAAAGAGAAAAAUAUACCAAAUUAUAACUGAAGAUACAAAUGUUUUCUCUUAUGAUCCAGAAAAAUAUGAAACUGUUAACAAACAUGUCUUAUUGCAAGCUUUAAAGAAAUACAUUUUCCAAAUGAAAGUGGCAUAUAAGAAGAACUUGUACAAUAUCAAUAGAGGAAUUACACAAGGACUAUUGAUAUCUAGUAUCUUAUGCCAGAUAUAUUAUACUCACAUGAAUUUAAAAUAUUUUGCCAAUUUGGAAAAAUAUGGUCAUCUAUUUAAAUAUGUUGAUGAUUAUUUGUAUAUAACUAACAAAUUAGAUUAUGCAAAAAGAUUUUUAGGUAUAGUUGAAAAAGGCAUACCAGAAUACAAUUGUUAUUUUAACAAAUCAAAGUUAGAACAUAAUUUAAAUCCACACAGGUCCCAAAAGAUUCGAUAUUUAGGAUGGAAAUUUGACUCAAAAUCGUUGGAAGUAGAGCCUAUCUAUAAAUCAACAAGAUAUUCAAUUUACUUCAAUACAAUAACUAUUACGACGUUUCCAUUCAAAUUGAAACACCUAGCGUCGUUAAAGCUAAAUAAACUCAUGCUUACAAAACAUAUAAAUAGUAGUCAAAAGAUAUUUGAAAAUGUUACAAUGAUAUCUCGACGUCAAGCUGAGCGAUGCUUCGCACUCUUGAGCUGUUUACACGAUACCCAAAACCAAAAAAUUACUCUAGAUUCUAUCAUUAAAGUCAAUUUAUACAUGUUACGAAAAAUUGAACUUUUUACGAACUGGAAUAAUUAUGAAAAAACUAGAAACAGGCAAACACUGAAGUACGUCAUUUGGAGUUCUUUCUAUAACGUUUUUAGAAAAAGAUACGAUAUUUUUUCUUAUCUUACGAACGAGUUCAAAAAAUUGAUGAAAAUGAAGUGUAAAAGAAGAAAACGGAUAGUAAAAAAGUUUAUGUGAAUACGAAAAUUAUUUUAUUACUUGUUAAAAUAAAACUUUGCAACAU